AUUAAUCACAUUCUCUCAACUUUACGGGGAGCACGUGGAGGAACGUAGAGAUAUCGUGCGACGUUGCCUGAUCGAAGCACGCUUCCGUUCCACACACUUGAACCGUACAAUUGUGACAGAAUGCCGAGCAGAAGCCCAUGGAAAUUGGUAGAAGAGGCGCCAGACAAUGUGUUGAACAAUCGGAGUCAGAGCGACAAUCGCGCUUAGUGCAACCGACAAGGCAGCACAAAGCACGCCCUGUAGCCCUUAUACGCUUUCUAACCUGCUCCAGUUCUGCGCGCAAUCGUGAUAAUCCUGGAGAGGAGCGUUGCGGGAUCAUCGGCGGACCCUUCGCCGAAACGUUGAUCGAUCGGCUCUCAGACAACGUCACUGGCCGACCUCAGCAUCCAAGGUUCCUGGCACAAAAAGUCGCCCGCGGCUGCUCACAAGCACCUCUUUCCAUUCCGGUUUCACGCGACCCCUCUGCCGUGACCUGCGAUUCUUGCGUGUUCCUGCAGCUGCACCAAGCCACGGCCCUCCCAGACGCUCGACGCAGGCGCAUGACGAGACCGCUACCCUGCACAGCUCAACAGCAGCUUCCCUCGCUGCACGCCACACACACAACCUAGGACCUGUUCUCCCUCGCGCACCUGUCCCCGCUCCUGCAAGCCAUACCCCGCCACCAUGAGCGAGUCAACACCAGCCCGGCCAAGCGCCGGGCAGCGGGAGAUGAUGUAUUGCCA